AUGGACCCCAACUAUUUUCGCUCGCUAGAGCAAGCUGCUGUGCAAUUUAUUCGAGCUUGUGAAACUAUGUGUAACGCCGGUGUGACUGAUUCUGAUGGUAAUCAAGUCGAUGUGCUUCCAAACAUUGAUGGUCCUUCUUCAUCACCUGCUCCUGACUGCCCAUCAUUCGGCUUGCCACCACUUCUCGUCAAACAAGAAGCACCUCCAGAACCUACCGAACAGCCGCAUCCUGCCGACCAACUCAAUCCGGAGGACGAUGCUGAAUCUCAGAUUACUAUUGUUGAUCCUUUGGCUCUUCUGUCGAGUUGCAGUUCUAAUGGAAAUGGAGAAUGGGUUGCUGCACCGGGCAAUAAUCGAAUGUCAUAUUCUCGUGAAUUCAAACUAAUGGUUAUCGACUAUUACCACAGAAAUGGCCAGAACAAGUAUCGAACUUGCAAGGAAUUCCACAUCACUAAAUCUAUGCUAAAAGGAUGGCUAUCAAGGAUCGAUAAGAUUCGUGAAUCGCGACCUGGCUCGUUGAAAUCUGGCAGAACUGGACGACGUCCCGACAUCGAGAAGCGGCUGUUCGCGAUGUACUGCAAACGACUAGAGACUGGUCUUAAAGUGAGCAAUCGCUGGUUGAGAGAAAGAGCUCGCGAAUUGGCUGGAGAUGUCAACGCCGUUUGUCAGUUUUCGGAUCGAUGGCUGAGAAAUUUCAAAAAGCGUUUCCACAUAGAUCUUCAACGCGGCAAUAUGGACAGUUCUCAUUCCAAUUCGGAUGAUCCAAUGGACGCUGACAAAUCAUUCCCGGAUACAGACUCCAUCACUGAUCCUACUGAGCUCGAUGUUGGUCUCCGCAACGAGGUGGUUGCUGAAAUUGUCAACCAAACGGAACAACUCCCGAUCCAAGCGUUUUAUGAGAAGUUUCCAUUGCUCUCCAAGAAAGACACUCCUGUUGGGACAGGGAAACGUGGACGAAAAGCGCAGUUCCCGGAUGUCGAACGAGUGCUUUACCAGCGUUUCAUUUCCAGAAUGAAUGACGGUGAGCGCAUCUCAAAUCGAUGGCUGCAAGAUCAAGCUCGUGAAUUGGCUGCUGAGAUGUACGCUGGCGCCGAAGACACUGUGAAGUCAUCACGAUGCCUGUUUUCCGAACGAUGGCUUGCCAACUUCAAGAAACGCUACAACAUCAGUCUUAAGAAUAAAACCGUGACCACGUUCAAGCAAGAGGAACAGAUGGAGGACAACAUCGUCGAGUUGGAUCAUUCGUCUCCCCCAUGCGAAGAGAUCGACGUCAAUACAGUUCUUACGGCAUGGCUUAUGAACCAAACCGACAUACCGCCGCUUUCUUCACCGGGUAAUUCAAAAUCUUAA